CAAAUAACCCCUCCCUCACUUCUGUGAGGGGUGGGGCUUUGCUCUCAUGUGAUCCCACAGUCACUGCAGCCAGACAGACCGAAAACUUGUGACCAAAACAGCAGGAGGACCAGCUCUGCGAUACUAAAAGCUGGACCGCAGCGACUCCACAGUCCUUCCUCAAUCGUUUCAUCACCGCCAGACAAGAUGGACUGCGGGAUAUUCACCUCCAAGACCGUCCUCCUCUUCCUCAGCUUGAUAUUUUGGGCUGCAGGAGCAGCGUUGGCCUACGUCGGUGCCUACGUGAUCAAGAGCUAUGACAACUUUGACAGUUUCAUUCAGGACAAGUACACUUUGGUCCCGGCAGCUAUCAUCAUCGGCGUCAGCGUGGUGAUGUUCAUUUUUGGUCUGGUGGGAUGCUGCGCCACAAUCCGGGAAUCCAAAGUCGGCCUUACCUUUUUCUUUCUGAUCAUCGUGGGGAUCUUUGCAGCUGAAGUGGCUGCUCUGGUAUUUAGCUUCAUCUACCAAGGCAAGAUAAACAAAGACCUGGAGCGCUCUAUGAAUGAAGUCUUCAUAAAGUAUGAUGGACAGAACGCAGAGACCAAAGCUGUUGACUAUCUGCAGACUCAGUUGCAAUGCUGUGGUGUCAUGAAUUACAGUAGCUGGUCCAACACUACCUGGUCGAGAAGCCACAACAACACAGCGCCUGUGUCCUGCUGUAAAAACAGCACCGCACAGUGCACUGGCAGACUGGACCAACCAGACCUGCUUAACAUACAGGGUUGUGAGGCGAAGCUGGAUCGCCUCCUACAGGAUGUGUUGGGUUACGCCAUGCUGGUCAUUCUGGCCUUCGCCGUCAUCAAGUUCUUUGGGAUGCUGAGUGUGUGUGUGAUCACCUGUAGAAGUGGCAGCCAGAGGAGUGGCUACCAGCCUCUGUAUGCCUGAACCACUUCCUGCAUCCACCUACCACCUCCUCAUUUUGCUUGUCUAGGUUAGCUGACCCCUCACUCAGCGGUGUACAAGUUUUAUUUAGAUAAUGGCAUGUAAAGUACACACAAGUGGCAGACCUUGUCCCAAUCUGAAGUGCAUCUUACCAGAGCAUUCCUCCACAUAUGAAAUCAGCACAAACUUGUUAAAAACUUUUACUGAAUGUGGUUUCGAUUUCCAUAUGUUUGAGUAGCCAAAGGUUUCUGUGCUGCCUGAUUUCAAACUAUAUUUUAAGCUUUACUGAUUGUGAAUAAAAGGACAGCGGUUUAAUGCCUUCUUUAGAGUUGCAAUAUGUAUAGCCAACUGAAUGACUGACUAAAUACAGUAUCUAUAUAUAUUUAAAGGUUUAAGGUCAGUUAACUGUAUUAAAUUAAGCUACAGUUCUACAAAGAUAGACUGUGGUUGUGUUUAUUAUGUGUUUCUCAAUUAAAAAAGGUGAACAUUUCACAAGAA